AUGAUCAGGCCCGCCCUUGUACUUCCUCUCGUGCUCGUCACCUUCCUUGCCAUCGCCAACGCCCAAAACUACACGGCGCCCGUACCGAGCCCACUACCGGAAAGCCCGCCUCCUCCGUCGCCACCGCCACCGGAGGCAAUCCCGCCUCCUCCUCCACCGUCGUCGCCACCGCCACCGGUGGCUAGCCCUCCUCCAUCUCCGCUGCCGUCUCCACCGCCACCGGCGGCUAGCCCUCCUCCGCCGCCGCCGCCGGCGUCCAACUGGACGCCCGUGGCGAACGUGAACGAUCCGGCGAUCCAGCAGGUCGCUCAGUUCGCCGUGCGCAUCUACGCGCUCAGCACGACGGACCUGAAGAUGACGCUCGUGAACGUCGUCAGCGGCGAGACCCAGCCGUACAACGGCGGGUACUACUACCGUCUGGUGAUCACGGUAUCCGGUGGCAAGAAGGCGAAGUACGUAUACGACGUCAUGGUCUGGGGCAUCAUUGGGACGCAACAAUGGAAGCUCCUGUCCUUCACGCCCAAGUAA